AGAAGAAAAUGAGACACCAAUCCAAAUGGCCCCUAAAAAUCCACCAGAUCCAGCUCCCAAGAAAGAUGCAGCAACACCAGCUGAAGACAAGAGUUUCUUUAAAACGCCCUGUGAUGAAGCUGUAGUCGUAUUUUUUUUCUUCCUCCUGUUUCUCGCCUCUGUUAUGAUGGCCGGUCUAUAUUGUACAUUAUGGGCAGAACAGCGGUCAUUCUUUUCCGGAGUAAAACAGAUUUGGAAUUUUGUUGAAGAAUAUGAUCCAUCUUCUGUAGGCAUGGAUGACCUUGAAAUACUUGCUGUAGCUCAAGGCUUAGCGGACGAACUGCUCAACUCGACUCUCCUAAACGAUGAAAUUAAAUCUGAUAUCGACAAGAUUGCUGAAUUGCUGAAGGACCCACAAUGGAAGAUGCAUAAUAGGGCCUUGUACUACUUUUCCAAUGAGAAACAAUCAUGGGAAGAGUCCAGAAAGCAUUGUAUUAAGAAAAAAACUUCAUUAAUUUCUGUUAGCAAUGGUGAAGAACAGGACUUUAUAAACAACGAAGGAGCUAAGUUUAAGAAACACUUCUGGAUAGGACUAAGGAAGAAUAACAAAAAACUGAAUGGAUUGGAAUGGCUUGAUGGUUCAGCAGUUCUUGAAGUAUUCUGGGAUACUGAGAUGAAGCAGCCCAGCACAUCACCAGAUGAAAACUGUGUUUAUAUCACACAGAAAUGCAGACAUAGAUAUUGUUGGCACGAUUCUGCCUGUUGGCACAAAAUGUCAUUUAUCUGCAAGAAGGCUCCAGAUCAGAAAUGGGAGAGGUAGAAGCCUUUAAAGGAAUAAAAAUGUGCUCUGUGAUUUCUGUUCAAAAGGAGCCUAAACCCAUCUGGGUGC